AUUGACACCGUCCACAUAGCGUGCAAAUGAUGAUCAGAUUUUGAAGAUAAGCAAAUCAACUCAUUGCUUGUGCGAUAAGGGACAGAAGCAUUUCCGGUGGACAAAAUACAAAAAAUGAACUGUGCAAAUGCAGUAAUAUGGAUUAGUCUGAUGAGUUUCAUUAGUUCCGGAUUGUUAGCGGAACAAAGUAAACGGAAUCAUCUGAAUACUUUAAAUUCAGUCAACCAUGAAUUGGAGCUGGAAUUCAACUACAUGGAUGUCAAUAACAAUAGCCUGAUAGAGCUGGACGAAUUUGAUGCCGUCAUAAAUGUGCAAGAUGCUGACAAAAACGGAUGUGUAUCUCUAAAUGAGUUUCUUAGAUAUCACUAUGGAAACGAACUGAAACAAGCAUGGAAUCUUUUCAAUCAUUAUGAUCAUGAUCAGGACGGAUGUCUGGAGCUUUAUGAUAUGAUAGAUGAAUACUCUGAGAUUGAUGUCAACCCAAAAGAUGGAGAAGUUACGCUCAAUGAGCUAGAGGAGUACUAUGACAAGUUGUUCAAACAGAUUGGAAUGAUACCACAAGCCUGAAGUUAAAGAUUUAUUGAUGGAGUGACACUGUAUUUUUAAAUUGUUUAUACUUUGAUUUGUUUGGCUUUAAUUCGUAGAGUAAACGUGAAAUGCAA